GCACUGGAACGCAACCCACAAGCUAACCUAGCAAAUCAUUCACUUGGGAUUCAGAUCAUAUCACACUUGUCCGGAGCUACCGUAACGUCACUGCCAGCAGACGACUCCUAUCGUAACCUCUGGCAACCUUUGGCAGUGACGGUAUAGCAAACAUCCUUCUACAAUUGCUCGGUGCUACCCUCGUAUCUAUAGUGAUGACUUCCGUUCGUCAACGAAUCACACAGCCCGUCUCUACUCCACAGAGUGAUGCGAAUAAUGCCGUCGAACUAUACCCAAAGUCACGUUCGAAUUCUUUGACUUUGAAGUGGUCCGAAAUUCCGGAAUGGAUGCAAGACAACGAGUACAUUACAUCAGGGUAUAGACGGGAGCUGAAAACGUUCAAGGCGUGUGCAUGGUCCGUGAUUGGUUACCUGCAUAACGAGACCGUAAACAUCCACAGUCAUCUCCAACCAGCUCUUCUUUUCAUCUACUUCCUCGCCACACAUCACCUCCACCUUUUCCCCGACGCAGACACGACGCCGGGGUACACGACGGCCGGAUGGACCGACUACGCCAUGAUGACCGUGUUCCUCGCCUCCGCGGUGUUCUGCCUCUUCAACAGCGCUUUCUACCAUGCGGUAGGGGCGCAUUCUCUUGCCGUUUCCACACGCUGUCAUGCGCUUGACUACGCUGGCAUCAUAGUCCUCACCGUAGGGUCGUUCUAUCCAUGCAUUUACUAUGCGUUUUACUGCGAGCCGGUUUACCAAGUGGUGUACCUCAGCACUAUUACCAUCGCGGGCUGCGGAGCAGCCUACAUCGUCCUCAACCCCACCUACGCCACCCCCUCCCACCGCGGCGCACGCACGGGCGUGUUCAUCGGGCUUGGGCUAUGCAGUGUGUUGCCCGUGUCGCAUGCGUUGGUGGCGCAUGGGUUUGGCACGUUGUGUAGAGAGAUGGGGUUUGGGUGGUUGGUGGGCAGUGGGGGGUUGUAUAUUGGGGGGGCGUUGAUUUACGCGAACAGAAUUCCAGAACGUCUCGCGCCGGGAAGAUUCGACCUGUUCUUCGCGUCGCACCAGAUCUUUCACGCCUGCGUCGUGCUGGCGGCGCUGGCGCACUACAAGUGUGUGUUGACCGCGUUUGAGCACUGGCAUGCCGUGCGUGGCGGGGCGUGUAAGGUGACUUCAUGACCGACGACGGUCGUGAAAUUUUUUCGGAUUUAUCCUUCGAUGGAGGGGAAUUGGUAUAGAAUUUAGAAGGAUGAGAAGGACGGGAUGGUAGUAGGGUAGCAUAUUGACAUGCCUGUCACACGGAAAUGGGAAGUGGGAUGCUGGAAUGGAGUGGCUAAAAAGGGCGGCUGCAAAGCGGAGUACGGGUUAGGCAGGCGCAAGGAUUAAU